AUGUCGCUCGAAACCCCCCUAACAGUGCUCUACAAGGAGAUCAAUGGAAGCAAGAUUACUACCGAUGUCUACCUCCCAAAAACUACCUCGUCAUCGCCGCUGAAUUACCCCGUCGUGAUUGACAUUCAUGGCGGCGCUUUCAUGCUCGGCCAUUCUCGCAUGGUCUCUCUACCACAGGUAAACGACUGCCUGGAGCGCGGAUGGAUCGUGCUCGUUCCGAACCACCGGCUUUGCCCCGGUGUGAACUUGCUUGAGGGACCCAUGCAGGAUAUUCGCGAUUUGCUCGCCUGGGUCUACGAUGGACACCUCGAUGCUGUUCUAGCUGAACAAGGACCCCACCGUGUGGACAAGGAGAAUGUUGCUGCUUUUGGAACUUCUUCUGGUGGGCAAUUGGCUCUGGCUUUGGGCUUCGACACCCCCAAAAAACCCAAGGCUAUUUUCUCCUUGUACGGCGCUGUGCACUUUACACACCCCUUCUGGAAAACAGAGCUCCCCCAUGUCGCCGCCAAACUCCCGCCUAACCUGGAGGAAUCCUUCCUUAACAAAAUCUACGACGAGAUUCCUAUCCCGACGGAUAGCUCGGUCUCUCUAGAAGGACAGAGUGAGUCUGGCGCAUCGAAGGGUCCGAAUUUCUCGCAGCCGCGUGAUGCAUUCGCCUUCACGCAGAUCUCCUCUGGGAAGGUUCCCGAAGUCAUCUACCCUCCAGGCGCGCAGGGUGGCUCCGAUGAAGGAUUUAAACUGGUUGACCCGGUGCAGAAUGUCUCUGCUGAUUUUCCUCCUACGUAUAUCGUGCACGGCCUUGCCGAUACAAUGGUCACGAUUGAUGUGAGCAGAGAGCUGUAUAAACGCUUGACCGAGGCUGGUGUUCCUUGUGGGAUGACUGAGGUUCCUGGGGAAGAGCAUACAUUCGCGAUGAUGAUGAAGGUUGGUUCGAAGACUUGGUGGUUACAGCGAGAAGGAUUUGAUUUCUUGGAGAAGUAUAUUGGAAAAGGACCGCUAUAG